AUGGUUUCUUCAAACAUAACUUUUUGGGAUAUUACCAAGGAUUUUAUGAAGGUUCGUAGAAGGGCCAUAGAAGGAAAGAAUAUAGGUCUUGAAUACAAUUUGAUAUUAAAAGGAUCUAGUAGAGGAAAGCUUCGGUUUACUGCCGAUUUUCAUUCCUUUUGCGAAUUGGAAUCCGAAUCUACAGCUCCUAUCUCUAAAGAUACCAUCAACAUCGAUAAUUUAUAUCUUUUGAUUACUUAUCAACAUGAGCUGAUAAAAUCAUUUUCCGCUUAUUUACAAAAUGAUGAAGUACAUUUAUUAUGGAAUCAUCGGCAAGAGUGGAAUACAGUUUACGUAAAAACCGAAACUUACUUGAGUGAAACUGUCACCAAUACUGAAACCAAAGUGCGAUUAUACAGUUUGGCCAAUAAAUUUGUCUUCGAAUACUUUAAAAUCUCUGAAUGUGAAUGGGAAAACUAA